CACCGUCUAUCUUGUGCUCGGUGCCAUCACGACUUCAUCACUUUCCAUCAACAAACCCUUCCAGCUCCGCCCCAAAUCAUCGCCCUGGACGUACUCGCGAAUGACGGAUGUCGUUCAGGCAGGUUCGGCCUUCAUAUGUCCCUAGACGAACUUCGUGAUGCGACAGCCAGGGCGAAAAAGAAUGAGAUCACUUCCUGUGAGCUCUCCCGCAAGCGUAAACUGCGCGAGCUCUACGCCUAUACCACCUUCCUGAGCCCCCAACACCACCCGCAGCCCGCGCUCGGCUUCGACUUCGACUUCUUCGACCACGAGCCCAACGAGCAUGAGCUGCACUACUUAGAUGAGAAUGACAUCUCCAAAGGCCGUCACUUUCGCGACUCUACCUUACUCUCACCCUACGAAAAUGCAAAGCUGUCACCAAAGUCUACCAGUCUAUCAAUUACCAAGCCUCUGGAUGCGCCCUCUUCGCCCGCGCCUGCUGCCAAUUCCCUCCAGGUCGCCGCCGGUGAACGCCCCAAGAGAGUCUCUGCCUCGCCGUCGCGACACCAGCCUGCUUCGACCCCCGAACCUUUGACUGCCAAUGACGCGAUGCCCAAACGGAACCUGAAAUCCUCGGCGAAGGUAUCAAAGUCCACUCAGGCUCCAUUGGACCAUGCUGCGCCUGAUGGUGUCGAGGAUUCGGACGCGACCAAAUCCAUUACUCCGAAGCCUGAUGAACCUACCCACGACAACGAUGAUAACCAGGCAAGGACCGUAUCUGAAGAGCCAUCUGUGGACCCUAAGAAAGCUAUGCCAGAGACAGUAGACGACACAGCCAACCUACCAGACUCUGCCCUUCCCAACCACGACUCUGAAGCACCACCUCAACCGCCGCAAGUCGUGCACCUACCCCCGAAGAAAGAACAAGAGAAACGCUUGGAAGACACGACGCGUGCUUUGGAAAAGACGGCUGAAAGGGAGCGGAAGGAUGACGAGAGGCUGGGACUACCUCAUGCGGGAGAUCUUGCUUCUUCGCCGUCGUCAACCAUGGGCCAGUCGACAGCGACCCCUCGACCUAACCAACGCUCCCCUGACACAAGCCCGGAAGAGGAGACGUUCCCCGAUGGAGUCUCGCAGAUAGCAGGUGGAUCGACAGAACGGAACUCCAAGGGACUGCAGGUCAAUACUGGAAGAGAUGCGACGCCGGAAACUCCUGAUGCGCAGACCCAACUGGAGCGCGAACAAGCGAUUCGAGAGAUGAGAGACUCUACCAAGGAUAAUGGUGUAUCAGGCACUGUCGGCGCGCAUUCCCUUGCCGACUCGCUCACUCAACACGCCGAGGAAAUGGUCGAUGAUGCCCAGGCGAAUGAAGGCCUUCAACAAGCGGAUACUUCUCAACAGCAUUCAUUGCCAACUCCAUCUACGACCGUCGCUGAUCAUCUAGAAUCAAGUCAAAGCAAACCGGAUGUCGUUCCAGUAGAACCACAAAGAACUCCGACCAAGCAAACCACGCCUCCCGCCGAUGUCGAAAUGGAAGAUGCGCCUGACCUUGCAACGAAAGAUACCCAGUCGGCAAUUCGAUCGCCGCCCACGCGCAUGGUUACUCGUGUUUCAUCUGGAGCUAUGCGGCAAAAAUCGGUUUCAGAGAUUCUGGGCGAGACCCCACAUGCCGGUGGUACACUAACUCCCAGAUCUGGUCCUGUGACGCCAUCUCGUCCACGCCCUGCAGAAAGCAGACGCAAGUCGAGAGCUUCGACCAUAGUUAUUGCCAAACCGGAUGUUGCACGCCCUUCCAGCGCUGUCCAAUCACUCAACGAGGAUUAUGCUGCGCUUCGAGGAGCUUCCCAGGACGAGAGCAAGGAUUACCUCCAGGGAUUGUUUUCGUACCAAGCACACCAUCCGCCUCGAUCUACGCCUCUUCAAGAGCUGCUUCAGUCCGCGAGGAAGACUGUUACCACCUCAAAUACUCUGGCCACAUUACGGGAAUGUCAAGACUACAAGAUACUGAAGCGCGUUUACCAGUUGCAGAAUGCCAAUCGUUGGUCGUUGCGACAACUCCAGAGAUGUCGAGAGCCGCCUCGGCUCACUAGCCACCUCGACCAUGUUCUUGCCGAGAUGAAAUGGAUGUCCACAGAUUUCAGGGAAGAGCGGAAGUGGAAGCUUUCACUUGCUGCCACUAUCGCCGAGUGGUGUGCCGAUUUCGUCAAUAGCAGUCCAGAAGAGAGGAAAAUUAAGCAGGUCAAAGCCCGACGACCACCACAUGCUCCAGGAAACGAUGAAGAUAUGGCGGAUGCCCCUACGCCUGAUCUUAUCGCUUCAGGACCGAAUGAGACAGAAAACGAGUCGCUACCCGAUGACGACGAACUCCUUGCAAAAUUCGGCUCAAACCCCCCUUCGGGCCUCUUCGCUUUUGGGUUCAACGAUGUCAUGAUAAAGAUGGAUCGAACACCUUAUUGGGAGGAGACUCUCCGACAGCUGCCCGCUUAUGAGCCAACUCUGGAGACUGAUUUCAACGAUGCAUCGGCAGCGCUGAUAUCCGAGCCGUCUAUCCUACCUGUGUCAAGACUAGUCACUAGCAAAAUGAAGUCGCUCGUCAACGGCCCUCCUCGAAAGCGUAGUCGAUAUGAUUAUGAUCAAGAAGAUGAGCCUCCCAGUCGUCCGCUUAGCAGAUCACAAACAACCACUGAGCAUUCGAUGCCCUCAACGCCCGGACGCCGCUUUAACAGGAAUGAUCUAGACCCAGAAAUGACGGAUGUUGCUCUCUUUAAUCCGGAGAACAAGCAUGUGCGAGAUCGAAUCCAAGCCGGCCACGCGUUCCGACCGCCUUCCGAGUUUGCCAUGCCGUCGACCAGUUUCUUCGAAUCUCGGGCAUCGUCUCAAUGGCUUUGGGAGGAGGAUCAGAAGUUGCGGAAUUUCGUCAAGGAGUAUACCUUCAACUGGUCGUUAAUUGCGUCUUGCAUGGCGAUGCCCUCGAUGUUCACUUCCGGCCCGGAGCGACGAACACCUUGGGAAUGUUUCGAGAGGUGGGUGCAGCUGGAGGGUCUACCGGCUGAGAUGUCCAAAACUCAGUACUUCCGAACUUACCAGUCCCGACUGGAGGCUGCGCAACGAACGGUCUCAGCUCAACAGCAGGCCUUGCAACAGCAGCUGCAACAACAAGCCCAAUCUGCCGGACAACCACUGUCGUCACAGGUGCGGAGGCGGACUACUCAACCCAUCCGGGUGGAAAGACGUAAGAAUAAUCGCUAUCUUGCCAUUAUUGAUGGAAUGAGGAAGCUGGCUCGGAAACGCGAGUCGGCGGCGCACAAGCAGCAAGAAUCUGCCAAAGCUGCUCAGCUCCGCAAAGCACACGAGCCUACUGCGCCGAAGACAAGCGUCCAUACCCCGCAAGAGUUUAGCCGACUUCAUCAUGAGCGAAACGAAAAGGCGCGCGAGAGACAGGAGCUGUACCGCCAACAAAUGCAAAGGCAGGCUGCCGCUGCACAACGCCAACCCCAAGCUCCAGGACAACCCAAUCCAGCAAAUGGUGUCGGCCAACCUCCGCGAAACAGUACUCCCAAUGGAACUCACGUUCCAAGCCCCUUAUCGACCACAACCGCGCAGUCACAAACUCCCAACGCGAACAUUCGAACUGGAUCACACCCCGGCCAACCCGUCAUGCAGGGAAACUUCCCAAACGGCAAUAUGUCCGGAAUGCCUAUGGGGGCCCCUAGUAUCCCUCAAGCCCCAAUGCAGGCCAAUAUGCAGAAUCGACAGGGCAUGCCUCCUCCGGAAAACGUCCGGCUCGCCAUGCAGCGGAGUCAGUUCCCAAAUACUAAUCAACACCAAUUCCAGCUUCAGCAACAACAAAUCAACAUGGCUAGUAAUUUGGCUGGAGGUAUGAAUGGUGGCAACGGCAUCCCCAACCAAGCAAUGAUGGCUUCUAUGAGCGGCCAAGGCAUGAAUGGUAGCCCGAACAUCUCUAUGAACGGCAUGCAAACGUCAGCCGGAUCUCCACGGAUGGGUCAAAUCAAUCCGGUCGGCUAUCAGAAUCCCUCCCGGCCUCUCUCCAGCGGCCAUCUCCCAGUCCUCGGCCAAUACAUGCAGCAAGUUCGUGCCCAGCACCCUGAUUGGACACAGGAGCAGGUUCAGAAACAAGCGACGCAUAUGGUGCAGAAGACAGUGCAAGCUGCGCGCAACUCGGCCAUGAGCGCGGCCACAGGUUCGGCCUCUGGGAUGGGCUCGCCCAUGCCGACUGGGAAUGGCUUCAUGUCUAGCGUCAAUGGGAACGGCGGAGUUGGUGUUGCAGGGUCACCAAGCCCAAAUUCAGCGCAGUAUCAUACGCAGAUGGCACGCCAAAUAAUGAAUCAACGACCGCAGACGCAGGGACAGGGACAGAUGGGACAAGGCGGCAGCGGCAGUCCGCAGCUUGGCAAUGGGAGACCGCCAUCCAGGAGUGCGAGUGGGACUCCAGGCACUGCUGGUGUGCAGAGCCCCGGAUUGAAGCAAGCGCAAGCUGCGAGAAACUGAGGCAUAGACGUUGGUGUUGUAUAUAAUUUCUCUUUUUCUUUUCUCAUUCUCCGUCUUUUCUUUUCUUCUCCGGCGAGCGUUUCUUGCUGGAAGGACGGAUGUCCGGUUGGGUGGUGGGUCCCUUGGGUUGUUAAAGAUUGGCGUUAUGGCGAUAAUAUGCGAACAGAGCAGCGAUGCUAGUUGUUUGGCUCGGUAUGCAUGACGGACCGCAGGGGUCGGUCUAGUAGAGCUACUGUAUGCGGUGGGCUUUCGGUGUAGCUAUUACCCAUGUGGUAAAGCUAGUCGCAUCCAAUAUUGAAGAUGUUCAAUUUCGGAACUUUGAAGUUUCUUUCACUAGGAUCCUCUGCUCAUGCACUAAAUCUUCGUGCUGACAUGAUAUUGUUGCCUUUAACUUUGCUGUACUGCAUUCACUGACUCCCAGUCUCUAGUCGCCGGAUCCUACCUUUGUAAAUACCUCG